AUGUCUGUAGUGAGCAUGUGAGUGAGUGUGAGUGACCUUGCAACAGACUGGGUGUACCCCACCUUCAAAAUAACAGUAGCUGGCUCGGCUUCAGCAGCUCCCUGAACGAGAUUCUGAAGAUGGAUGAAUUUUGGUCUUUAAAGAAACAACUUUUAUUUUGAUUUAUAUUCACCCCAGAAGCACUUAUUUAAACAUAUCAGAUAAUGCUUCAUAAGGAAGAAAGGUCACAAAUCAAACAAAAGGUCACCAUAAUAAAACCACUCUUUAAAGAAACUGUUUUUGCUGCAUAUAUAUCUGAGUCAUUGAGUGUGCAGACUGGUGGAUUUUUGUGCAGACGUUUGUCAUCUCAGUUGGACUAGCAUGUCUGUCUGCAGCCACCCACUCACCUAUUUGACCACUUAAGGUAAAGUGACAUUUGAAACAAAGAGGGAGAGGCGGACAAAAGCCUCUGUGGAUGCUGCAGACGUGCCGCGACCACGUGGAUCUGUCAGACUGCACGGCAGAGGAAUGAGAACAUUCUGGUUAUUAACAUGGAGCUGAUCAUGAUGCAUUCAGCUGCAGACCUAUGCAUUUAAAUGGGGGGUGAAUAAAGCCUGCGUGUUGAGGUGUUUCCCUCUCAGAGUGUUUACACUCUUGAGUUUGAACCCGUUGAACUCCAUCUCCUGCGCACGCUGAAAAAAGAAAAAAAAAUCCCCUGACUUGCAGCAUCUCUCGGACGCCAUGGCAACCCUGAGGGGAGGCAGGAGGGGCGGACUCCGAGUCCUGCAUCCGAGCGUGUGUACGAGCCGUCUGGUAUUGUUGUGGUCUGUGGUCAGGACGACCAGAGGAGAGCUCCGCGCAGCAGCAGCUGCAGCAGCAGGGGGGUGGAGGCAGGCUGGAGGCUGCUGGAGGAUGUUGCGUCUGAAGCUGAUCAGACUCGGAGCUGCGAUGCAGUGACAGCCUACAAGGCGGCGCACAGACUCACGCACGCAGCUACGGGAGACGAGGGCAGGAGCAGCUCGCGAAUGCGCACCGGGAAGGAUCCGCUCCUGGACCAUGGCACCGUCGGGAUCGCGGAGUAUCAAGCGGGGCUGCCAGAGAGUUCUGUACUGGAUCCCGGUCCUGUUCAUCGCUGUCAUCGUGGCUUGGUCGUACUAUGCGUAUGUUUUGCAGCUUUGCAUUGAGUCCAUCGAAGACACAGGAGAAAAGGUGGUUUACUUGCUGGCGUACCAUGCCAUUUUCAUCAUGUUUGUGUGGGCCUACUGGCGAACCAUCUUCACCACGCCUAUGAACCCCCUGAAGGAGUUCCACCUGUCCCACUCUGACAAGGAGCUGCUGGAGAGUGAAAACCGGGGGGAGUCCCAGCAGGAAAUCCUGAGGAGGAUAGCCAAGGAUCUGCCAAUUUACACUCGCACCAACUCUGGAGCGAUCCGUUAUUGUGACCGCUGCCAGCUGCUGAAGCCUGAUCGAUGUCACCAUUGUUCAGUCUGUGAUAAAUGCAUCCUAAAGAUGGAUCACCACUGCCCCUGGGUGAACAACUGUGUGGGAUUCUCCAACUACAAAUACUUCAUGCUGUUCCUAGCUUACUCACUACUUUAUUGCCUUUUUGUAACCGCGACAGAUCUUCAGUACUUCAUUAAGUUCUGGACAGCUGGCGGUAAAGCUCAUUUCCGUCUGAAAGAAUACCUGAAAGGCCUCCCGGACACCCAGGCGAAGUUCCACAUCCUCUUCCUCUUCUUCUCGGCCUCCAUGUUUUCCGUCAGCCUGGCUUCGCUCUUCAUCUAUCACUGCUGGCUCGUCUGCAAGAACAGGUCCACGCUCGAGGCGGUGCGAGCUCCAGUGUUUCGUCAUGGCACGGACAAAAACGGAUUCAGUUUGGGGGUCAGUAAGAACUUCCGCCAGGUCUUUGGGGAUGAAGCGAAGUACUGGCCUGUUCCUGUCUUCUCCAGUUUAGGUGAUGGCUGCUCAUUCCCAACCUGCCUGGUAAACAUGGACCCCGAGUCGCCCACAGGCUCCAACUCAGCCAGCAAGAGUGCAGCAGAGGGCCGCCAUCAGUUCCCGUCCAAACCGCUGAGAGAGAGCCAGAGCAGGCUGCUCACCAGCACCCCCUCCUGGUCAGAGACUGAAAGUGCAGCAGACAAGGAAAGGAAAGGUGCCACUAACCCUGGAAUGACCAUAGAGAAUGAAGCUUAAGUCCAGUCAACAACCACAAAACGGAUGGAUGGAUGGAUGGAUGGAUGCUGCCCCUCCCACCUCUGUGUUUGUGCCUGUCAGUGUGACGUGGUGUAGACAUCCGGCUCCUGAGGCGGCGCUCUUAUUAUUUUCAUUACUGCUAUUCCCAUCACCUGUUUAUCUGAGAGUCUGGCGGACGGAAAUCAGAAUUGCAUUCCAGCGAUGAUUUGUAUGUAAAUAAGCACACAGCAGUGGAGGAGUUGAUGUUUUGUAUUUUCAAAAUCAGCCUUUAGAAUUUUUUUUUUUUUUUUCUUAAAUCACUGAAAACUCUGUACAAAAUAAUUUGCUCGGAUGAAAAUGCAGUUUGCCAAACGUUGAAGAUAGUUAGAGUAGGAAAAGUAGACGUGUUGAUGUGCAGAUGUUUUGUUUUCAGUGUGUUUCUUGAAGGAGGCGGAGUCUUCUGGCCCGCCCUACUGAGUAUUGUGUAUGUGACGCAUGUUCUCAUCUCAGGAUGUCAACCCCAAUGUUUUUUAAGCAAAAAAAAAAAA